AGCAGAGGAAAAGGGGCUGUGCUCCAGCUGGUAAUGCCUGUCACUCAAGGCCGGUGAUAGGAGCGACGGAGCAGAGCUGCAGCUGAGAGGCAGAGCCGAGGAGAGCAGGAACGAGGGGGGGCGCUGAGAGUGAGAGGAAAUCUGGAAAGUUCAGUGGAGGAGGAUGAGCACUGCAGGCAGCUGAAUCUGGGACAGUAAGGAGCCAGGAGGACCUGGAGCACAGGGAGCAGGAUCUGAGUAAGCGGGAGAUGAGCCCCGCAGGAACGGCUAGACCCCGAGUACCUGGCAGUGGAACGGCGAGCCUGGGGUGAGCGUAUGUGUUCGCCUUCCAGCAACCCGGGACAGAGACCACUCUGCCCCUAUCCACACGCCAAGUUGACGCCGGGACUGACAUCUCACAGAAGGACUGUUUUCCAAGACAUGAGAGUGUGGGAGUGUGAGAGCAGCCAUGGAGAAGUCGAGUAGCGAGGAGUCGGCCAUCCACCGCAGCCCCUCGUUGGACAGCCACGACUCUGACUUUGCCCGUGCCUCUGCCCAGGGCCGCCCCUUCGGGGGCCGUGGCUUCACUGCCGGUGCCUUCUACGGCACAACGGGCCCCCGUGGAGGGUCCACUGGCACCGCAACGGUUGGGGACAAGUACAAGUCACCCAAGAGUGGGAAGUACGUGGUGUUUUACCUGGACCUGUCCUUUGUGUUCCUCCUAGAGUUCAAGAAGUGUGACAUGGCACAGGGCUGCCUUUGCUGCUUGAAGUACAUGAUGUUCCUCUUCAACCUCAUCUUCUGGCUAUGUGGGUGUGGCCUUCUUGGCAUUGGAAUAUGGCUCUCCGUGUCACAGGGCAGCUUCGCUACCUUCUCACCCUCCUUUCCCUCACUCUCCGCCGCCAACCUGGUCAUCACCAUCGGUGCCAUCGUAAUGGUGACUGGCUUCCUUGGCUGCCUGGGCGCCAUUAAGGAGAACAAGUGCCUGCUCCUGAGUUUCUUCAUUGUGUUGUUGGCUAUUCUUCUGGCGGAGUUGAUCCUACUCAUCCUGUUCUUCACCUAUAAGGAUAAGGUCCGAGAGAAUGCCAAGCAGGACCUGAAGGAUGGGCUUGCUCUGUACAACACUGAUAAUAAUGUUGGUCUGAGGAAUGCCUGGAACAUCAUUCAGGCAGAGUGGAAGUGCUGUGGUGUGACGGGCUACACAGACUGGCAUGAGGCCCUGCAGGAGAGGAUGGUCCCUGACCGCUGCUGCCAGGAGCACUACAAGGAGUGUGGCCGGAAUGUCACCAACAUGUUCUGGAACCGAGGUUGUUACGAGAAGGUGGAGGAAUGGCUACGUGACAACAGACACCUCCUGGGCACCAUUGGCAUGUGCAUACUGGUAGUACAGCUCCUGGGGAUGGCGUUUUCCAUGACGCUGUUCCAGCAGAUCCACCGGACAGGCAAGAAGUACCACGCCUAGAUGGGCCUGGUAGAGCUAAGCCCUUGAGCCCGAUGUGGGGGGACUGCGCUGGACUCCAUGACCUGGCCUAUCCUGUCUCAGGCCAAGCACCUAUCAACAGUGCUCCCCCCCUUUAUUUGCUGUUCUCAAUUUAAUUUGCCAAAGAAAAAUCGGUCAGGAAAGAUGAAGGGCAUUGACUUUGGGGAAGGGGCACUUCUUGGCAAUUUUUUAUUGUGUUUUGUCUUUUUCUUUCCCCUUGGACUGACACUGUGGGAAGCUGGAGAUAUGAAAGCACUGCUUUUCUGAAGGCCAGGUUUGCCCCACAGGGCACAAGAAAUCAAUACAGAGGCAGCUCUCAUACUGUAACCCCAUAUGAGGUGAAAGGAUUCAAUUACCCAUGACUGCUGAUGGCAGCUCCCACUCUUAGUAUAAAGGCAGAACCUAAAUAUAGCAUGCUGAAGUAUAUAUAUAUUUUUUGACUCAGUGGAUAACUGUCUUGUUUAAAUAUAAAAACAUACCCCACACACAACUGUGAUUUGUUAAAAUCCAUGAGAGCAUAUUGAUACCUUGUUGAGGAUCGGUGCAUGUGAUUGGUGGUCAUGAGCUGUGGAAAGGGGGACGGCCCUAACAUAACCCCCAUGUAGGGGAGACAGGGGGCAAGCUCUGAGUUGGGUGCUACCCCUCCAGGUACACACCCACACAAUGGCAGCCUGCAGCUUCAUUCAUCAAAGCUGGUGAAGCAGUUUCAAUGGGUGUCUGAGUAUGAUACAUCUGACUAUGUGUUGUUCUGUUUGGUGUGUGACAUUUUCAGCACAGCAGGGACACCUCCACACAUUUUUACUCCUCUUUGAUUCUGCUUUGGGUCCCAUAAGAUUGACUCUUUGCGACAACGGGUGUCUUGUGUUUCUGGUUUGUAGACACCCACUUGGUUCUGUUGUCGCUGUUUGUUGUGCAGGAGUAGUCAUUCUGAUUGUCUCUCAUUGUUUCUGUUUUGACGCUCUGGGUUUUCCAACUGAUGCAGCAGAAAGGAAAUCUAAUGUCUGAUAGUCCAUAUUUCCAUCAGCAUCUCCAAAUGGGAUCCUUCCUGCCUGGUGCAGGUUCUCCUCAGCUACACGUGAGGCUCAGUGCAAGGUGCCUGAUAGAGGGGGUAUCAGUCCUCUUCACACAUCAACCUAAUGGUGCUUCUGUCCAUAGAGCUUUGGUCCCAUAGUCAUUUAGAAAUAUCAUCUUACAUAAGAUGUAAAGGCACUUUGGUUAACAAGUGUUAAACAACUGAAAUACUCCAUCUUUAAGAGAUUUCUGACCUGUGAGGUGAGAGGGCUGGGGCUGGCAGGAUUUUAGGGUGAUGUUUAGGGCUGGAAUAAUACCAGAAGCAGAUAUGAGAUCUAUUGCAUGUUGAAUGGCAUUUUGAGGUAAGGAGACUCUGUGUAUUCCAAAAUGUGUAACUGAACAUCAUGUAAAAGCAUCGCAUAUAUAUAUAUAUACACACACACACAUACGCACACACGCAGUAGGUGCAUGUAUACAGUAACUAUAUAUGUAUGUGUGUGUAUGUAUAUAUAUAUAUAUAUGUAUGUAUGUGUAUGUAUAUAUACACUCACCUAAAGGAUUAUUAGGAACACCAUACUAAUACGGUGUUUGACCCCCUUUCGC